AUGGGAAAUCCGCUGGCUGGUUUCGAGAUGCCUCGAUCCAUCGCAAUGCGUUUGUGCGAGCUCGAUCGGAAUUCGUCGCCAUUUAAACGUUUGCAGCUAAACGAUGCGAAAUGUGUCAUUGCGAAGUUAGCGGAGCAGGAACGUAAGGGUCCGACGACAGCUCGCAUCAUCCGUACGCUGCUUGGGAUGGGCCCCCUGAAGCAUGAGAAGGUGUCAAGGCAGCUCCGACAUAAUGGUGACGUUUGUGACAAGUCGACAACUCGAGCCUCGCUCUUGCCAGAACUUGAUGCGCUGGUACGGCCUGUGUCCGGUACCAGCCAGCCAGAGUUCCAGGCUGUCCUGGGUAGCGCUGGCAGCCCGCCUCAGAAGGAAGCGUCCAAGAAGGAUGCGAAGAAGGAGGCAGCCCCCAAGAAGGAGGCCGCCCCGAAGAAAGAAGCUGCCGCCAAGAAGGAUGCAGCACCCAAGAAGGAGAAUGCUGCACCAAAGAAAGAGGCAGCGCCGAAGAAAGAGUCCGGCAAGAAGGACGACAAGAAAAAGGAAAAGGAUGGAAGCAAGGAGAAGGAAGAGGAGAAGGAGAAGGAGCUGACACCGGAGGAGCUCGAGAAACAGAAGAAGGAUAAGCUGAAAAAGGUCAUCAAGGAAGGUGGCAAACGUGGUGUGGAGAUCGAAGGAGCUGCCGACAUGGGCGGUCUCCAGUUCUUCUGCACUUCAGUAGAACUGCCCGAGGGCGACCUCGAGCUGACCAUGAAAUGUGUGGAAGCCAUGAAUGCCAAGAGCGAUCCAUCCGAGGAGGAGCGCAAAGGCGGAUCUGGACAUAUCGGCAAGAUGGUGUUCUCCGUCGGCCUGGAUCACCUGGCCGUCGUUGCGUACGUCCCAACUGAGAAGACCAAAGAGCUCAGUUGCGAGGAGUGGCUGGCACACGUGCUGGGCACACAAGGUGGAGAGGUGGUCACCAAGGGCAAGGAGCUGUGCACUGGCAAAGUUAAGACCAAUGCAGACAAGGGCAUCUUUCCUCUGAAGAUCCGGGAGCCCAUGAUCCGGGAGGCCAACGACUACUUGCGCCGGAAAGGCCUGUUCCCAGAGGACAAUGACGACGAUGAUGACGAGUGCGUGUUCGGCGACGACGCCAAGCGGGGCGCAUCACCCAAGAAGGUCGCAGCCGCGCCAAAGAAGCCGGCUGCCUCCAAGGAGAAGGCCACGGAGAAAGUGGAGUCAGCCAAGGAUCUGGUGCAUGCAGUUUUUGCGUACGGCACGCUCCGCGGGGACUUCCAGGACACCGGGGACCGCUGGGGCGUCAUAGAACGUACAGGAGCCGCAUGGCUCAGCACGUCCGUGACAGGCUUCAAGCUCUUUCAAGAGGACAGGGCUUUCUAUCCUUUCGCUGUGCAAAGCGAUGAGGAGCAGGACCGGCUGCAUGGAACGAUCCUCAUAUGGCCCGCUGGAGAUGUCUCGAGGAAGGCGAUCGCGAACUGCGACAGCAUCGAGGGCUUCGACCCGGAGCAUCCGAAUGACGGCUUGUACUGCCGCGCCCUCGUGGAUGCCCCCGUGCCUUUGGAAGCUCUAAAGGCGAAGAUGAAGGAGCAGCCCUGGCUGAAGCAAGAGCUGGAAGGCCUUGACAAGGAAGCGCUGGAACAGGAACAUAUCUUUGUGAGGGCUUUUGUCUACCACCAGCCUAUGGGCGACAAAGCAGAUUGCUCGAAGGCUUUUCCAGGUGGCGACUGGCUGGAGUCUCGUCAACAAGACGCGAAAUCGAGCUGA